UGUUCUUUUCGCUUUUGACACUUCGAACGGCAUGUUUACAUAGUUUGGUCUGCCACGAGUGAAAUUUUCAAAAAAACUACAUUAUUUUUUAUUAAAAACCCCGUGCAAACAUGCCGAAAGUUCGAAGCACAACGGGGGCUCCCCGUAAACAGGGGUUCAACAAGUCCAACCACUCCAUGAACCCCGAAAGACCCAAAGCUGGCCUUAAAGGAGUAGCCAAUCCAAGAACAAAGGGUACCAUCAAACGUUUGCAAAUGUACAGGAACUUCAAAGCCAAGAGAGAUCGUAAUGGCAAAAUUUUAACCCCCGCUCCUUUCCAGGGUCGCCUGCCGUCCGGCACCAUGGCCAGAGUUGAGCCAACACCAAAAUGGUUCAGUAAUUCACGUGUCAUAUCCCAAUCGGCCCUGCAGAAAUUCCAGGAUGAAAUUGGAAAGGCUGUCAAAGAUCCAUAUCAAGUUAUUAUGAAGCCUAGCCAAUUGCCCAUAACUCUGCUCAACGAAACGGCCAAGCAUCAAAGAGUACAUUUACUGGAAACGGAAAGUUUUGAAAGUGUCUUUGGACCAAAGAAACAAAGGAAACGUGUAAAUAUCAAGGUUCGAGAUCUUGAGGAUUUGAGCCGUAAAGUUGAGGAGCAAGCCGAAGAGUAUGACGCCGAAAAGGAUGUUGACUUGGUGCGCGAGGAUACCGGUGUAAAAGAUGCCCAACGUGAUUGGGUAUUUGCUGCUGGCCAAAGUAAACGUAUUUGGAAUGAAUUACACAAAGUGGUGGACGCAUCAGAUGUACUUUUACAGGUGCUAGAUGCCAGAGACCCCAUGGGCACACGUUCCAAAUACAUUGAGGAGUUUUUGCGUAAAGAAAAACCACACAAACAUUUGUUCUUUAUACUGAACAAAGUGGAUUUGGUGCCUGUAUGGGUAACGCAACGUUGGGUGGCCAUACUGAGUGCUGAGUAUCCCACAAUUGCCUUUCACGCUUCACUGCAACAUCCCUUCGGUAAGGGUGCACUCAUCAAUUUGUUCCGUCAAUUGGGUAAAUUACAUAUUGACAAGAAACAAAUCAGUGUUGGCUUCAUUGGCUAUCCCAACGUGGGCAAGUCGUCGGUUAUCAAUGCCUUGAGAUCAAAGAAAGUGUGCAAAGUUGCUCCUAUUGCUGGCGAAACCAAAGUUUGGCAAUACAUUACACUGAUGAAACGCAUAUUUUUGAUCGAUUGUCCCGGUGUUGUUUAUCCCUCGGCUGAGACGGAUACGGAGAAGGUUCUCAAAGGUGUGGUACGUGUUGAGUUGGUAACAAAUCCAGAAGAUUAUGUGGAAACGGUAUUGAAACGCAUACGUCCUGAAUAUAUUACAAAAACGUAUAAAAUUGAAAGAUGGACAUCGCAUUUGGACUUUUUGGAGCAACUGGCAAAGAAAACGGGAAAAUUGUUGAAGGGCGGCGAGCCUGAUAUAACAGUUACGGCACGAAUGAUACUCAACGACUUCCAGAGAGGAAAGUUGCCAUUCUACAUUGCUCCCGAGGGCUUUGAAAUACCAAAAUCCCAUGUUUCAGAGGGUGUGGAAAAACAGAAUGUCGAAGAGUCAGAUGACAAAGGUGACGAAAAGUCCGAAACAGCCACUGUUGUAAGCGAGUCCGUGAAAAAGGCUAAAGAAUUCAAACAGCUUCAAGAUUUCCGAAAAAUCAAGGUGGCUGUGGACUUUGUUGAAGAUGAUAUUAAAGAACUGGAUAAAAUCGAUUUGGAAUUAUUGGAACAACAGAAGGCAGAAAGAGCGGCACGCAAGAAGGCACGUCUCCUCAACCCGGCCGAAGAUGAGGAAGAGUCUAGUGAUGGAGCUAGUGAUUUCUAUUCCGAAGAUGAAUACGACGAAGAUCUAAAGAAGGUUGUUCACAAGAAGGCAGCACCGAAGAGAACGAAAAAUGUUGCAAUUACAUCGUCGGGUAAAUUUAGAGUACGUGAAGAGGUAGACGAUUCUGGCAGUGACUCAGACAGUCCAUCAGCGCCACCGGCCAAAAAGAAGUUGACGGCAAAACAAAAGCGUACCUUGGAAAGGCAAGAGAAACGCAAAAAAGUGGGUAGUAAUUUCUAUGAGGUUACGAAUGUUAAAAAUCGCAAUCGCAACAAGAAAUCGAAGUCGAGCUAAAUUGCGAUACCACACACCACCUUUUAUUUACAACAUAUUGUAUCCUUGUAUUUUCAUUGGUUAUAUUUCUACUACAUUUUCUUUUAAACUUCUGUUAGUUAUAAGGCCAGCGUAACAAAUAAAUAAUGAUUUAUAUUGUUAUAA